GUCAGUUGUUGGAUUGCCUCCGUCGAGUAUAUACGAAGUGGGGAUCGAGAACAGCAUUGAUCGAACGUUAUAAAUACAAGAGCAUCGAGCUCUGAACGCAAGUUUCGUUGCACAAGAAACGUCGAAACAUACUGCAUUUGCACGAACUUUAUUUAAAUUCUUAGGAUAAGAGUAGCUUCGUUGUACGCAAUAAUGGCGUUACUAACCGCGUAUUGGGGCCUCGAUGGCAUGAUUCUAAUGACAGUGUCAAUCAUAUGUGCUUACUUAUUCAUGACGAGAAAAUUUCUUUAUUGGAAAAAACGCGGCAUCGACGAGAUAACCCCAACACCGUUUUUCGGUAAUUUCGCCGAUUGUUUUUUGAUGAAAAAAUCGGCUGGUGAUUUCGUGAAGGAACUAUACGAUCGCUCGCCUGAUAUCCGAUACAGUGGCUUCUACAUAUUUGAUCGACCCUUUUUAUUGGUGCGUGAUCCGGAGCUUGCGAAAAAUGUAUUAGUGCGAGACGCUAAUUAUUUUCCGGAUCGAUACUCGGAAUCUAGUCCCGACGACAAACUCGGCAGUUCUAAUUUGUUCAUAAUCAAGAAUCCAGCAUGGAAACUUCUUCGAACAAAAUUAACGCCGAUAUUCACUUCCGGAAAGCUCAAAAGAAUGUUUCAACUCAUGCUCGUUGUUGGCAAAGAUCUUGACACCCAUUUAAAGUCCCUCAACUUAACAGGCUCCGGCAGGGUCGUCGAACUCAAGGAAUUGUGCGCGAAAUAUACAACUGACCUCAUCGGCACGACUGCUUAUGGUCUCCAAGUUAAUUCUCUGAAUAAUCCUGAUGCCGAAUUCCGAAAAUGCGGACGCGAAAUAUUUGAAUUCAACUUUUGGCGGAGCUUGGAAUUGACCUCGAUAUUUUUCUCUCCACAACUUGUGAAGCCAAUGGGAUUUCAAUUUUUCUCAAAAAAAAACACAAAAUUCUUGCGAUACGCUUUUUGGGAUACGAUUAAAGAACGUGAACGCUCCGGAUUGAAACGCAACGACUUUGUCGACUUGCUUGUGGAACUCAAGAAGAGCCAAGCUGGCUCCGAGGAAUCCAAAAUUUUCGAAUUUGACGGUGAUAAUUUGGUUGCGCAAGCGGCCAUUUUUUUCACCGGUGGAUUCGAAACCUCGUCAACGACUCUGAGUCUUACCUUAUAUGAACUGGCGCUUUCACCGGACAUUCAAACGAAAUUGCGUGAAGAGAUAAACUCCGGGAUCGAAAGUAACAACGGCGACAUUACAUACGACAUGGUCACGACUCUUCCCUAUCUCGACAUGGUUGUAUCUGAAGCACUGAGGAAGUGGCCGCCUCUAGGAUUUCUAGAUCGUGUCGCGAAUGCCGACUACAAAAUACCGAACUCGGAUGACGUAAUAGAAAAGGGAACUCCUGUAUACAUCUCGAUGCUUGGACUGCAUUACGACCCACGAUACUAUCCGGAUCCUCAAAAAUUCGAUCCUGAGAGGUUCUCGGAAGAAAACAAAAAAAACCGAAAAGCAUUCGUGUACAUGCCUUUCGGAGAUGGGCCUCACAUUUGUAUCGGUCUGCGUUUGGGACUCUUACAAGUGAAGCUUGGUCUCAUACAUAUUCUGUCGGAAUACGAGGUAACGCCGUGCAAAGAAACGAUGAUACCUAUUCGACAGAAUCCAAAAUCAAUGUUAACAGCGCCUGAUGGUGGAGUUUUUUUGAAUUUACGAAAAAUUUAAAAGGCAGCUUAACAAUAAAUAGAACAAUUAUUUCUUGUAAUUUACCUAUCUCGUAAUUGUAAUUUCGGAGCGUUAUAUAAGUCAUUUGUAUGAAAAAUAUGUGCAGGAAAAAAAAUAAAAUAUGUUUUUUUCUCCGUUA